AUGAAGAAUUUAAAUUUGUGGGACGUUAGCAUAAAAAAUAUAAACCUCAAUGGUGAUGAUGAUUCGCUGUUUGCAUAUGGCCACGUUGAAGGAAACGAGAAGGAACUAUAUGCUUGUUCACAUAACCUAAUUGUGAGGUGUUUUAGUGAGAAUGGAGUGGAGAAAUGGACCGAAAACCUAUCAGAGUUAUCGUCUCCAGAUAAUAAGGCUGUAGACAUAACGUUUUUGCCUCUGACAGGCGCAGUAUGCGUCGGCCUCCGGAAUGGGGAGUUGUUUACUAUUGGUGGUUCUGGCGAGUCGGACUUAGUUGGCGUCUGCGAUAGCGGCAUACGGGCUAUGCAAUGGAGUCCAGAUGAAGAGCUUCUAGUGCUAGUGACAAAAGACAUGAAGUCUAUUGUGAUGUCAUGUACAUUUGACCCAAUCCAUGAGAUGGAGCUGGCCAGCCAAGAAUUUGGGGAGAAGCAAUUUAUCACAGUUGGCUGGGGGAAGAAAGAAACACAGUUUCAUGGCUCUGAGGGGAAAAAAGCGAGGGUCAAGGCUGAAGUCACUGCUGAUACACAAGGUGUAAUAGAUGAUACAAUAAAAAUAACAUGGAGGGGUGAUAGCAACCUUUAUGCCAUUGGUUUUAACUUAGAUGGUCUUAGAAGAUUCAAAGUGUUUGAUAGAGAAGGCCAUCUCCAGUAUACCAGUGAGAAACAGCAAGGUUUGGAAUCAAAUCUGUGUUGGAGACCAAGUGGCAAUGUUAUAGCUACAACACAAAAACUACCAGAAAAAUAUGUUAUAGCAUUCUUUGAAAAGAAUGGCCUAAAACAUGGAGGAUUUGAUAUUCCAGUGAACAACACAACAAUUGUUGAAGAUGUGCUUUGGAGUUCCGAUUCAGAAAUCAUAACUCUGCUUUGCAGGGACACUGAUAUUAAUAUCCAAAAGUUACUGUUGUUUACAAUGGGUAACUACCAUUGGUAUUUAAAACAAGAACUGGUGUUUAAAGAUGACAAAAACAUUAGUAAGAUUCUUUGGGGAAAUGAUUUUGCUGAAGCAAAUAAUAAAAAGCUUCAUGUUGUAUUGAAAAAUGGCAAACAUGUAACUUAUACAUGGAUAUGGAAUGUUGAUCAUAGUAAAGGUAGAACUGAAAAAGACGAUGCAGUAGUUGUUGUCAUAGAUGGCAAGAAGCUUUUACUUAAUGGAUUCAGACAGACGGUAGUCCCUCCACCCAUGGCUGCCCUUGAAAUUAACUUAGAAGCUGUGGCUAACUCAGUACAUUUUGUUUCACAUCCAUGUCAGGAUGACGCAAAUACAUUUUUCGUAGUUACCAGUGAUUGUAAGUUAUUAUUUUAUGAUCAAAUACAGAAAUUUCCUUUACAAUAUACAUUAUCCAGAACUAUUGAUUUGGAAGUUUAUAAUUUUCCCUUUCAAUUUUACAAUUGGUGCUGGUUGAGCAGAGAUACUGUUCUAUGCAUUAAAAUUGAUGUAUGUCAUACGAUCAUAGAAUACAAAAUGGUAGACGAAAAAUUUGUCAAUCAAAAUGAAGAAAUUUUGCCUACUGCAGUAAUGAGAAUUGAGUGCCAUCCAACAGAUUUAUCAAUAGCAUUCCUAUUACUGAAAAAUGGCGACGUUCUGAAAUAUACAAAAGGAGGAAAUAUCGAGCCCACAGAAGUGUCAUUUGGAGUUCCUAGCCCAAAAUUCAGUGUAUUUUGUGUAGAGGAUGAUAUCCAAUUUAUUGGGCUUACACACAAAGGGCAGUUGUAUCUAGAUGACACAGAGGCUAUGAACAACGUUAGUUCGUUCUUUGUACACACACAUUUUUUAUUGAUUACAACGCUACAACAUAUGCUUUUGAGUACAGAAUUAUCUAAAGCUGGCAUUAAUGCAAUCAGAGAGUAUUCUUUAAAGAAUGAAUCUGCUCAUAUUUACAAGAGGAAAAUCGAAAGAGGUGCAAAAUUAGUUAUCGUUGUACCUAAUGACACAAGAACAAUAUUCCAGAUGCCAAGAGGAAACUUAGAAACUAUACAGCCACGGCCACUGUCACUCAAAAUUAUCGGCGAACUCUUGGAUUCAUUGAAAUAUCAUGAAGCGUUUGACUUGAUGAGAAAGCAAAGGAUAAACCUUAAUUUGAUAUUCGAUCAUGAUCCUGAUAGAUUCGUACAAAACAUUAACGUAUUCCUGGAAUCUAUAAAAAACAAUUCUUGGCUUAGCCUUUUUCUAUCAGAUUUGGAGAAUGUCAAUGUAACAAAGACGAUGUACGGAAGUAGUUAUAUCGAUAAGAAAAAUAGGGCCACAGAAGUCAGCAAUAAAGUGCAAAAAGUUUGUGAACUUGUAAGAUACAGUUUAAGCAUGAGAUCUGACACAGAUUCAAGAAUAUUGCCAUUUCUAACGAGUUUUGUUAAAACUAACACAGUGGAAGAUUUAGAAAGUGCGUUGUCUCUUAUUAAGGACCUUAAAAAGCGGGAAGAAAGUGGGUCCAAACUGCCGGUGGGUUCUGACGAAGCUUUGAAGUACUUGCUUUAUAUGGUCGAUGUAAACAAUCUAUUUGAUGUUGCUCUUGGAAUGUACGACUUUCAUCUAGUGCUAUUAGUAGCAAACAAGUCUCAGAAAGACCCUAAAGAAUAUAUUCCAAUGUUGAAUGAACUGAACGAAAUGAAAGAAAACUACAAAAGAUUUUCAAUCAACAAGCAUUUGAAGAGAUUUGAUAAAGCUGUGAGAUGUUUGGUCGAAUGUGGAGAAGAGAAACACGAGGAGCUAAAAACGUUUGUCAAAUUUCAUAGCCUUUACAGAGAAGCGUUGUCUCUGUUCUCUCCUGAUAGUAAAAUUUACAAACAAAUAUCAGACGACUUCGGUUCGUAUCUUAAAUUAAAAAAACAGUUUGUGGAAGCCGGUUUGGUUUACGAAAGGGGCUGUAAUUACGACAAAGCUAUAGACUGCUAUAAGGAAGCAUUGGAGUGGGAACUGGCUAUUAAUUUAGCACAAGCCUGGCCUGAAGAGUCUUUUAAAGAAUUAUGCUGGGACUUAAUUAAUGCUCUUAAAGAAGAAAAGCGCUUAAAAGAAGCCCUAACAAUACUUGAACAGUAUUAUGAUAAUAAAGAAGAAACUAUCAAAUUUGCAAUUGAAUCUGGACAAUAUAAAGCAGCAAUAAGACAUUGUACACAGUUUAAAAAAUGUGUAUGGCGAGAGGAAAAUCUUCUGCCUGCGCUCCUAGACGACUUUCAAAAUCUCCAAGAGUUAGUGCAGACAAAUUGGUCCAAUUUUAUAAGACAUCGCGAUCGGCUGCGUGUAGUUCGUGAAAACAAGAAAAAUAAUCCUGUUGACUUAUAUGAUGGUUCAUUUGCAAAUAAAGACAGUGAUUUGUAUUCGGACGCAGGAAGUACAUUAGCUUCGUCGUCCAGAGGGUCGAGCCGUUCAUUCCGGUCGAGUAAAAACAGAAGAAAACACGAGCGUAAAGUGGCGUCUCUCAAGGAAGGCUCUCAAUACGAGGACGUAGCCCUUGUUAUGGCACUACAUAGCUUGGUUUUGUCGUCUUUUGAUCUCCGGCCGCAAGUAAAGGAAGUAAACGUCACGCUGUGUUGCUUUGGGAAGGAUAAGGAGGCUUUUGUGUUACAGAGGAACCUGGAUAAGCUGCUGAAGGAAAUGAAGGACAGUUUCAAUGAGAUUUGGACGGAUGAGCUGGUGCUUGAAGCUACCAAUGCGGUCAUUGCAGUUCAAAAUGUACCCGAUGGAGGUCCUGCCGUCAUACCACAAGGAAUUGCGUCUCUUGAACCUCAUGUAAGAAUAGCGCCUUUAAUAAAAGAAGUCAGCUGGAAACUGGAUGGUCUGUUUUAAACAUUCUGUAUCUAUUUGUAUAUAAAAUAUUAUGUGUGAAAUAAAAGCACAAUAAAAAAAAAUUUAUUCAAA